UUUUUAGAUUUUAAUUUAAAAAUAAUGAUUAAUUUUGACAAUCUUAAAGCUAAUGGACAAAUUAUUGUGGCUGGACGCUUUAGGUUAAGAUAUUUGAAUAAGAAUUGUGUUCCAAUCGCGUCUGACAUUCCUGAACUUGAUGAACAUUUGAUUGUUGUUGAUCUGGUUAAGGCUGAGGGUUAUGAAGCCAAAAUUAUGGAAUCUCUCAAAGCUAUGGGAUUAUCCAUCUCUGACAGUUCCAAUCACAGCCUUGCAAACAAAGAAAACAUUCCUGAAGGUUGCGAAAUUAGAGGAGACGAGAAACUUUCUGUUACUUUCCUUUCAAUUGAUAAACUUGACAAAAUGGCAGCUUUGAACAAAAAUCGACUUGAAGAGACACAACGUGGAUUUGAAUUGAGUUCUUCUGAUCGUUUCGCUAAUUUUGAGUUGCAUUUGGUUCCGCAAUGGGAAGGUUUUUCUUUUGUUAAUGAUCUGACUGAACAAGAAACACCAAUGCCAGAAUCCUUUUCUUUAAUUGUCUUCACAGAGGGUUCUGGCCAUGAAAAUAUUCUUCUUCUUGGAAUAAAAAAGACGGCUGAACAAUUUUUUAGUUUUAAAGGGAAUUAUCUUGGCGAUUAUUAUACUUCAAUCAACCUUCUCGAUAAACUCGUUUCAAAUUUUAAUCACUAUUCUUUUGUUGAAACAAAAUGUCGUUGCCGUUUUGACGUUUUACGUGACAGCAUUUUUAUUGAGAAAAGUGGACAUUUUGUCCCAGCAAUGUUUAUAAUUGAGGCGGAAUGGAUUGAUGAGAAGAAGGAACAGAAUAAAGCAAAUUCUUCUCAAAUGGAAGCUCUUACAAUGCCACCGGAAAAAGCUGCGGCUAUUAUUCGAUUCAAGCCAGGAUGGUUGGACAGCCGUAUAGUUUUGACUGACCGUAUCAAUGAACUUCGUUACCUUGCCGGACUUAUUGCCCAUUUGCGUGAAGGAACGUCUCCAUGGACAAAAGAAAAAGUUUUGGAACAACCAGAAAUUAUUGUUCGACUCAAACAAUUGAUAAACGAAGCAAAUACGGAUUCUCAAUCAGUUUUUCCAUUCGAUUUUACUGACAAACUUUGGGACGUUUUAAAAUUGUCAAAAUCAUUUGACACACUUCGCCAGGCUUUCCAACUUUUGUAUGAUCAAUUGCAAACUGGAGAAUUUCGUGUUUUGGUUGGAGCUAAUCGAACAUCUUCUUUGGCUAAAAUGUUAAGAAUGCAAAAUCCGAAUGAUAUAGUUUUUCCUCGUUUGGAGAUGAUGACUUGUUUACAACUUUUGGUGGAAAUUGGUGUUGAUAGAUUCAAUGGAGAACUUGUUUAUCGUUUUUUGCAAGGACAAUAUUUGCCUAAUAGCUCAGAUUUGGAUCCUUUCUUUUUGCCAUCAAUGGCUUCUUUGGAAAGUACUAUUGAAAGACUGUUGCCUUUACAUUUUGCUCUUCAAUCUAUGAUUAUGAUCGAAGGAUAUGUUCGCUUGCCAAAACAUGAAAUUGCAAAUUUGGCAAAACGUCUUUUAACACACUUUAUUAUUUCAAAAGGAACGGAUGCAUUUGAAAAAGAAUUUGUAUAUAAAGCAAAUAUGGAAGAUAUUCAACGUGAAGAAAUUAGAUCUUCCUUGACUGAUUGGAUUAUGGAAAAGAAAUAUGCAAGAAUGGUGUCUGGUGGUGGUAUAUCAUCAAAAACUGGUUCAAUUUCAAGCGUUGUUCAUAUUUCUAAAAAUUUUGGAGUUAAAUAUAUUCCACCAACUUUAAAAGAUUCAAAAUCAAAAUUAGAUGUUAAAGAAGAAAUUUUAAGUCCAAGAGAAGGAGGAGGAAAUCAAAUUGUAAUUAUUGAAGAAGAGCAACAAGCUAAAAAUGCAAAAGAAAGUUUUGAGACUAUUUAUAUGACUAUUACGCGUAAUUCACUUAAUCCUUUUGUUUGA